ACUCUCCGACCACCUCAUUACAUCUCUGCUACAUAACACCACAAGUCAUUCUUAUGAAACAUAAACACCGGACUCUGUUCACUCGUUCGUUUCCAACAGGACAGUUUGUAGACAAGAAGAGAAGGCACGUUUGUUUUAAAAAUGUCCAUUUACAGGAACGCCGUUUGGUUUAUGAAAGGACUGCAGGAGUACACCAAGAGUGGCUAUGAAGCUGCAGCAAAGAAUUUUUCCCCAGCAGACCUGGAUGUAAACCUGAAUGGGAGGUCCUUCAUGAUAACAGGUGCCAACAGUGGGAUAGGAAAAGCCACAGCGCAGGAAAUAGCCAGCAGAGGAGGAACCGUUCACAUGGUGUGUCGAAACAAGGAGCGAGCAGAAGCAGCCAAAGAUGAAAUUGUGGAACAGAGUAAAAAUCAGAAUGUCUACAUCCACAUAGUUGACAUGUCCAGCGCCAAACAAGUGUGGGAGUUCGCCCAGACCUUCUCACAAAGCAACUCUGUGCAUGUACUGAUUAACAAUGCAGGCUGUAUGGUCAACCAGAGAGAGUUAACUGAGGAGGGUUUGGAGAAGAACUUCGCCACAAAUACACUCGGUACAUACAUCCUCACCACAGCGUUGAUACCUGCACUGAAGAAGGUUGAAGACUCAAGAGUGGUGACAGUGUCGUCAGGUGGCAUGCUCACGCAGAAGCUGAACGUGGACGAUCUGCAGUUUGAGAAGGGGACGUUUGAUGGCACCAUGGCCUAUGCUCAGAACAAAAGGCAGCAGGUGAUUCUGACAGAGAGGUGGGCUUCUCAGCACAAAGAGAUCCACUUCUCCUCCAUGCACCCUGGCUGGGCGGACACACCAGCUGUCCAGACGUCCAUGCCUUCAUUCCAUGCUAAGAUGCAGUCCAAGCUGAGGACGGAGGCCAUGGGGGCCGACACCGCGGUGUGGCUCGCUAUGUCUGCAGCUGCCAUAAAGCAGCCAAGCGGACUCUUCUUCCAAGAUCGCAAAGCAGUAGCAACACACCUGCCGCUGGCCUUCUCCAGGUCCACACCACAGGAGGAGGAGAAGCUUCUGGCUGCACUAGAGGAGUUCGCCCUCAAGUUCAAACCUUAAUAUCUGCACUUUAAUAACCAAACACUCCUCAAUAAUUAAAAUUUUGUAAUUAUUGUUUACAUAAUCAUGUUUUUCUCAUGUACAGGACACUUUUUUACAUUUUUGACUGACUGAAAGAACUCUAUAGAUCACUGAUGCUUAAAUGUAACAGUAUGUAUUAAUUAAUUAAUACAAAAUGUAUUAAUUUCCAUAAAAUAUGUUUCAGUUUCAGUCAGGUUAAGGUUUGGUUAUUUUCAAAUAAAAUGUAUGUAAACA